AAGAUUUCGUUGCAUGAGUUGAUGACGUUGUCCGGGUUCUCUCUUGAUGCUCUUAGGAUCUCCAGCCUUUCCCUGUUGCAAAGGAAGCAGUGGGGGGUUCCAAUGUCUUCACUGAUGACCAUACAUCCAGCGUUGAGGCGGUACCAGUCUUAGUUAGCAUGGACAUCUACCGGCUUCAACCACCGUUUAGCCACGGUACAGGAAUUUUUCAAGCUCGUUCCCGUAGACCAUCCACGCCGUGCACCAGGUGAUUCAUCCGUUCUCUAUCCUCGGAGCCACAAUUUGGCCAAGGGAGCAAUUUGAAACGACCCGAAAUUUGGAGACGCCAGUUUCGGGCAGACACCUGCCGACCUUUCUCGGGGCGGUGGCUUCAACACAUUCAUUCCAGAGCCGCCUCAAGUCCAUUUUCGGAACACAAGGCCUUGUUGACGCUUCAUCUCUAAAUCGAAGCUUGCUUCCUUCAAAACAAUGCGACCUCCAAGCGAUGAAACAAGGCCGUACUAUUGGCGGGUCUUUCUGUUGUUGGCUGUAGGGAUGUUUACGGCUCCAAUUGCGCAGUACUUUUCCAUUUCAAGACUUGCUGAAGAGACAACAACAACAAAUCCUCCUCCAAACUUUCUACACCUUGCACUGGCAGAGAAGCAACAGCGGCACAUCCACUUAGGAAGUGACGUAAUUCUGAUAACACCCCUCGGAAAUACUACAUGGAAUGACGAGGGUGUUCACGGCUUGAAGUGCUCAAUGACAUAUAGGGGACACAAUCCAGAACACUUGAUUCGAGCACAUUUUGAUGACUCUGAAGGCUUUGACGGGUUGGAUGUCAAGAAAAUCAUCACAGUAUCCAACACUGUACAGGAGUUGUCAUUGAAGUGGCCAGCAACAACCCUGAUAGUGGUAGUGGACGCAUUUGAUGUGGUGAUUCAAGGCAAACCAGAAGAGAUUAUCGAUGCAUACAAUUCACAACCCUACCCAAUUUUGUUUGGUUCUGAAACAUCGUGCUGGAACCCACUAACCAGAACUACUGCAAGCAAUGUGUCAACACCACUAUGUGCUCAACCAGAUCUUCAAAGGGGCAUUCUUGAUGGUCGCUAUCUGAACUCAGGUGUAUUCAUGUCUACUCUGGGAACUCUUGUACGCUUUUUUGCCUAUGUCCUUCACGAAUUACCAACAGAGAACGAUGGGCUUGCUCCACUGGAAAGACAUCCAGGACACUUCAAUGACCAGGCCUAUUGGGGGUACUGGUACACAAAGUACCAUCCACUCAUUGGUCUGGAAGUCAGUGACAAGUUCAUGGUAAACGUUGACAGAAGACUCAAGAAAAAAUUCCAUUUUGACAACAGCACUGGAUCAAUGGUCCUCCAAGGAGAAGUCCCACCGAUUAUGCAUUUUCCUGGGUCACCUCCAAAAAUGUUCAAGCCCUAUGUCGAAGCCAAGCAAUUCUUUGCUGAGCUUUGCUAGUAUCCACCCAGUAUCCAUCCAGCAAGUGGAAUAUUUGCAUAGAAACAGCAAACAGGCAGAUGUCAUUGUCAUGGGAAUUAUUAUUCUAAAAUAGAACACUUAGAUGUGACA